AGCCGUUUACAUGCAGCAGCCGGGCUGAACAGCCAUACAUCCAUCCAACGGCAUUAAUAACAACAUGUUUUAACUUUUUAACCAUUCCCCACAUCCCCUUCCUUCUUUCCUCCAGCGCUUUUUUAAGCCUUGAGGAUACUGGUAUGGUUUUCAGAGAAUGGAAACGGACGACGUGUCGGUUAGAGAGCAACUUUUCCACAACCGUGUCCGGGAGACUAUAAUCUGUGUACUCCUGUUUACAUGCCUUUACAUAGUAUCCUACCUCAUACUCACCCAUUUCAAGAAGGCUGCUGAGUUUGUCACAGAGGACAUUGAAGAUGCCACCGUCAACAAAAUUGCGCUGUGGCUGUGUACGUUCACCCUGUCUGUCGCAGUGUGUGCUGUGCUCCUUCUCCCCAUCUCCAUUCUGUCCAAUGAGGUGCUGCUCACCUUCCCCCACAGCUACUACAUGCAGUGGCUCAAUGGAUCUCUUAUCCACGGAUUGUGGAACCUAGUUUUCCUUUUCUCCAAUUUGUCCCUAGUUUUCCUCAUGCCCUUCGCCUACUUCUUCACAGAGUCUGAGGGAUUUGCAGGGUCCAGAAAGGGAGUUAUGGCACGAGUGUAUGAAGCAGUUGUGCUGCUGUUGCUGCUGGCUCUGCUCGUGCUGGGCAUUGUGUGGGUGGCGUCAGCCCUCCUCCAUGACAACAUCGCUAGGAAGAGCCUCUACGACCUGUGGGAGUAUUACCUUCCCUACCUGUACUCGGGCAUCUCUCUGUUUGGAGUGUUGCUGCUUUUGUUGUGCACUCCCUUUGGUUUGUCCCGAAUGUUCAGUGUAACUGGCAGCCUAUUGGUCAAACCGCGGUUGUUGGAAGAUGUAGAAGAUACUUUGAGCUGCACCACAUUUGAGGAAGACUCGCUCUGUAGGAAACUGAACUGCGGCAGUACGAAGUCGUGCUGGGUCCAGCUGAACAUGGAUGCGAUGAAAAAAGAGUACCAAACGGUCCGGAGCAAGCGCAUUGCCCUAGAAAUGCGUAGGAAAGCAUCCCCAUGGCAGCGAAACUUGGGCUAUCCGCUGGCCAUGCUUGGGCUCCUCGCACUGACGGUGAUGUGUGUACUGAUGGUCUGCUUCAAUGUGUUGGAGUUGCUCCUGGAUGAGACGGCUAUGCCCAGAGGAAUGGAGGACCCUCACCUGGGGAUGGCCUCCUUCUCCAUGUUCGGCUCACUGGGCGCUGCAGUUCAAGUAGUCCUUAUCCUCUAUCUGAUGGUGUCCUCAGUGGUGGGCUUCUAUUGUUCUCCUCUCUUCAUUAGCCUCCUGCCUCGGGCACAGGACACCAACCUCACACAGAUAAUUGCCAACUGCGUGUCACUGCUUAUCCUGAGCUCUGCACUGCCAGUGUUUUCACGCACACUUGGUAUCACCCGCUUCGAUCUACUGGGAGACUUUGGUCGGUAUAACUGGCUGGGGAACUUCUACAUCGUCUUCCUGUACAACAUGAUGUUUGCCGGUCUCACCUCUGCCUCCCUGAUCAAGACCGUCACCUGGGCAGUACAGAGAGAGCUCAUCCGUGCCUUUGGUCUCCACAGGCUGCCUUUAACCGUGUCACGCUCCACCGUCCCCUUCAGACUCCUCCUGGCCAGUGGACUGUCUAAAAUCCAGUGACUUUUCUUCAACACUGCCUUUCUUAACCUCUUUAGAAACUGAGCCACUUCAAGUGUGCACCUAUUGGAUUAAAGGCAUUUGCAAAUUCAGUCCAUUUUGCUAGGUGGUGCAUGGGUCAGGUCGCUCCGUGUGAGGAGGCAGAGUCUGUCUUCGCCGUGUCCAGUGGGAGCUCUGCUUGAAGCUGUGUUUAAUGACCAAUAUAUCAGGGUUCAACUUUGUGCAGUUAUUUGACUGCAAGGACAAGUGUGGUUAGCUGAGUCAUGGUUACGACUGGAACAAGGGGGAAAAGCCAUAUUGGCAGUCCUGCCAUCGUGGACAAUAAGAGAGCUGCCCCCCCCCCCCCCCCCCCCCCUACCCCUCCCCCCCACAAAACCUGAUGAAAAGAGGAUCCAGUGGAUAGCCGUUGUUCGGUUGACACAUGUGAAAGUCAGCAGAGUUAUUUUGAAAUAUUACAUUGUAACCGUGACUUAAUUUCCUCUUCCUGCUCCAGGUCGAUUGAGUGCUCUCUCUUUCUCUGUGGCUUCCCCACGCUUCCCCCCUCUUUGGUUGUACCACUAUUUUAAGACUGGGAAUCUUACUUCCAUGUGUUUGAUGGUCCAGUCUGCACCAGUGUUAUGUAAGUUUAUGUGAGGAAGUUGUUAAUGGGAGCAAAUGGUACACAGAGUACCUUGUCUAUCUAUGGAUCUGCAGGUUACACAGGGAAAACGAUGAGAGUGAGGUAUUAAUCUCAGUGUUGGAGCUCUUUUACAAACCCAGUUUACUAGAAGAGUUAAGAGCAUUUUCUAUCUAUGGUGAUUUAUCAUGAAGCAGGGUUUUUACUUUUGUAGAUGACCGUACGAUUGCUGAGUCUGACUCAUGCAUUUACAAAAAUACACUACAAAGAAAGCUUUACACUUUGUCUUAUGCAAGGCUUUUGAAUGCCAUGUGACACUCACUAGGAGGAACUUCUGCCUUUUGACCAAUAGCACUGUGAAUUAUUAAGAACUUAUGUGGGGAAGUGCAAUAUUUUAUAAGUAAACGCACACGUUUUAACUUUACCAAAAGUCAUUUCUAAAUGGUUUCUUUUGAUUUUCUGUGAAGUAUUUUUUUUUUCAUCUCAAUCCUCUUCGUUGGAAAAAUUUUGAUGAAAGCUUAGAAUAGUUUUAAGAAGCGAAUGUGACCAUUUAAGCAAUGCAAUCUUCUCCGGUGUCAGUUUUUAUAUUUUGAUAACCUAAAUUCCUUUAAGUUUAUGAUCUAUAUCUCCUCAUCUUCAAUGUGUUGGUGACCCUGUGUCACCGUUUGCCUUUGCUGCUGUAUCAGCAGGUUAUUAGCUGUUGGUUUGACCAGCAGGGGACAGUGUCUCUCAGACCCAACACCAGAGUCUCUUUCUUUUUGGUUAGUUAUUAAUUGUAUUAUAUAUACGGAGCACUCUGAGGUUUACUCAUUUCACUUUUUCUGGGAAAUUUUCUUUUGUUUUUUGGGAACACAACAUUUAUAAUGUACUGUUUUUAUCAUUAUUUAUGGGCAUUUUGGGAUCUAUACUUCACAUGUUUUAACAGUUGUUAAAAAUGCUGAAUGUGAUACAGUUGCGAUGAAAAAUUCUUUAGAGUUGUUCUCAAAGAUUACAAAAAACCUGUUUAUUGUUUACUUUUGAAAUGCUCUUAUUGUUUUAUGAGCAGAAAGCAAUAAAACCGUCUUAUGUUUUUAA